UCGUUCAGUUUUCGUCUGUUUUCGUCCACCCGGAACAACCUAACCUCACACUUCCCCGGAGUGACGCGUGAGAAACGUAAACAAUCCGUUUGGUGGGCUUUUUUCUUCACUUUUCCGAAACAGCGACUAACAGAGCCUCACAAUGUCGGCGGCAAUGCCAAUCAACCCAAAACCCUUCCUGAACAGCCUGACCGGGAAGGCAGUGAUGGUGAAGCUGAAGUGGGGCCACGAGUACAAGGGCUACCUCGUCUCCGUGGACAGCUACAUGAAUCUCCAGCUGGCCAACACGGAAGAGCACAUAGACGGCCAAAACACAGGAAACCUCGGCGAGGUGCUGAUCCGCUGCAACAACGUCCUGUACAUCCGUGGCAUCGAUGACGAGGACGAGGAGGGCGAGAUGAGGGAUUAGGAAGCGAUUAUUCAAUAAAUUCCAUGCUAAACGUGUAA